UAGUGCCAGUGUCGGCACAUAGCCUAUAUCCGAAAUUCGGAGCUCAGCGCCGACGAUGAGCGACAAGAUGGCACGUCAGCAGGACUUCAACGAUCUCUUCAACGUGAGAAAUAAUUUCUACAUCGGCAACUACCAGCAAUGCAUCAACGAGGCGCAGAAGAUCAAGACGUCCAUUCCUGAAGUGGCUAUGGAGCGUGACGUCUUCCUUUAUCGCGCGUACAUAGCGCAGAGGAAGUUCCGCGUGGUGCUGGACGAGAUCAACAAUUCGUCCCCGCCGGAAUUGCAGCCGCUGAAGACCCUGGCCGACUAUUUCGCCAAUCCGCAUCGCCGGGAAGCUAUAGUGGCCGAGCUGGACAAGGAAACCAAGAAUGUUAAUUACGAGAACCACAACCUCCUGAUCGUGGCCGCGACCGUUUACUACCACGAGAAAAAUCUGGAGGCUGCCCAUCGAGUGAUAUGCUCCUCCGAAAAUCUGGAGUGCAUGGCGCUGACGUUACAGAUAUAUCUCAAGAUGGACCGUCUGGAUCUGGCUCGCAAGGAGCUCAAGUUGAUGCAGGAGAAGGACGACGACGACACCCUGACUCAGCUCGCGCAGGCGUGGAUAAACAUUAGCAGCGGUGGUGACAAACUGCAAGAUGCUUAUUACAUCUUUCAGGAAAUGAUCGACAAGCAUUCCAGCACGAGCAUGUUGCUGAAUGGCCAGGCCACUUGCUUCAUUGGACAGGCCAAGUACGAGGAGGCGGAGACGGCCUUGCAAGAAGCUCUCGAUAAAGAUAGCAAUAAUCCAGAUACGCUGAUCAAUAUGAUUGUCCUCUCGCAGCAUAUGGGCAAACCGCCGGAAGUGGCGAAUCGUUACCUAAGUCAGUUGAAGGAUUCCCACUUAGAGCACCCUUUCGUCAAGGAAUACUUGCAGAAGGAAAUUGAAUUCCAUAGGCUUAAAGAACAGUAUUCAUCUUCCGCCUGAGUACCCCUCACCAGAUUAUGGCAUUCCGUGGGAUAAGAUUGAUUAAAGGUAUUGACUAUGAAUGGAUCCAAGUGGGACUAGACAAGUUUGACUCCGUCGAAAGUGUCCAAUGAGCAAGGCUUCUUCUCCUCUUUAGCCGAAAAACUUUUCUUCCUGAAUCCGAUAACUUGCAGUGCAUUUCAGAUCUUCAGUUAUUGAAAAAUAUACUUUUUUUUUUUAAUUCUACAUUUCAUUUUUGUUAAGAGCAAAUCGAAGCCUGUCCAUAUAACAUUAACUCUUAGGCUCUUGAAAAUACACUGGUGACGUUAUGCAUAUAUUGAGACUUCAAACAGUUCUAGUUAUCUCUCGCGGAAUAGAAAACGCGCAAUUUUUCUAAAUAGACACGUCUCGUUCGUAGAUGAACGUGUUGUUCUGCAAUAUUAAAAUAUUUUGUUUUUAUAUUAAAUUAGAUAUGUAUAUGUAUACUGACAGAAAAUAGGUAUAGCAAAGUUGUACGGAUAAUGGAAACGUUCGGAAUUGCAAGACGUAUGUGACUGAAAAAGUUACCCAUUUUAUCCUACUGUUACACUUUCACUACAUAAUCACAAAAAAUAUGGCUGCCAUUUUAUAAAAUUAUAAAUUAUCGAAACUAGAGAGACCAUUUCGCGUGUAAGCAUCUCUUCAUACAAUAUUCGUAUCGCCAAUUUAGAGAUGUAACAGAUAGGCGAAAUAUUAAAAUAAAAUAUUUCGUACAUUAGGAAUACACAA